UGUUUAGAAGUGCUUAGUAAGGAUUUUUUUCAGAACUACAAAUUGAGAACAAGAUAGACGAGCCUGUAGAACCAUUUCAUUCACCGACAGAGUAAGACAUGGCUAUGGCCGAUCGCGAGGAUUUCUCCGAUAUUGACCGUCAUCACAUUCUAUCCAUUGCAGGUAAAAUAAUAAGAGUUGUUAACGUUUUGUAACGUUGAUCAGAGCAUUACAAGGAACCGGUAGUUUCAUGUUGCGACAUGUCAUUGCUUCGUGUCACACAGUUUAAAAAAAUAAUUUCGAAAAUAGGAAAAUUUCUGUGCUUUUUUCAUAAUUUUAUUUAGAAUAUAUUUAUUUCACUAGUCUAUCCAAGUAAUCCCACGUAUCAAUGGAGAUAAUCUUGUUUCAUUUAACUACUUAUAAAUAAGUCGUUUAUUUUCAUGUCAUAUUACAUUUUCUUGAGCAAAUGCUUUGAAGUUCAAGUAGUCAAUUUAUUUCACACUAUUUGACAUAUACAUUACAUUGGACGAGAUAUUCAUAAUAUAACUUCGGUGUAAAGUUUUAAAUUAUGAUAUUCAAAUUGUGCACAGUGACAAAAGUAGCCAAAGGCUUUCGAUUUGGCCACCGAAAAUCUUGAAAAUACGGAAACCAAACCGAUGCUCUUUCACCCCCAAAAGACCAGAAGCGAGAUGAGAUUUUCUGGAACAGCCCAGCUAAUCGUUGAUAUAUUUUAAUUAUAUUUGAUGGGUGAUGUCUGCCGUACAUGCCUCGAAAUAAAUCUGGAGGGUAGACGGGUGGAUUAUGAAAUUAAUCGGUUACGACGGACGUUUUGCCGACCAUCUUUCGUUUACCUAAUUUGAUAAUUAUUCUGAAGAACAUGCUCAUGUUCUUUGGCGAGAAUUAUGAUACAAAUUAUGAAGUUUUGUGUGAAAUAUGGUCGCCGUACAUGCAGUUUACACAAGAAUAUUUAGUAUUUGGUUGGUGACAAACAAGAGACUUGUUUGCCAUAAACAUAUCUGAGCCACAAAAUUUUGACGAUAUAGACGAAAGAAAGUAAGUCGGGAAACAAAAGCCUACUUGUGUUUAGAAUGUUGCGUCAUAAAAAUUGUAACGUCAUAAAAAUUCUAAAAGCUUAAGCGUUUAACAUAUAUAGUUGCCCAUUUUAUAUAUUUUGUAUAUCCUUACUACAAGUAUUCCUGACAAAUUUCAAGUCGAUUCAGUAAUUCCUUCGCGAGUUAAAGGGGCUUGGAUAAUUUAUAUUGCUGACAUCAGCAUUAUUUUGAAAGGCCGUUAUAAGCUACGCGGUUUUCCAAACCUAAGUCGAAAUACUUCUGUGGGCUUUCAAAAGCUUUAUAUAUACUUGACGUCAAACAUAAUUGUGGACCUGUGUGAUAAAAUAUAUUUUUCUUUGGGCGUUUACUACACGGCCGCCAUUGGGUUAGCACUAAUUUCCAUCUGUGAAAUUGACGUGACGUCAUUUUCGGAAGAUGGAAGAGGUGUUAAAUGGCUGUGUAACUAACCCAAACCCUACCCCUACUCUAACAGCAACUCUAACUCUAACCCUAACCAAAUUUAUAAAAAAAUCCAGAAAGAAACAACUUUAGAAAUUGAUCAAAUUACGCAAUGUCAGUUUGAUAGAUGGAAACAAGCGAAAACCCCGCCGGUGGUCUAGAUUCCGUAAUACUGGGCCAGCAACAUGGCGGCCGUGUAGUAAAUGCUCAAGAAAAGUUAUAUUUUAUCACACAGGUCCACAAUUAUGUUUGAUAUUGAUUAUAUAAAACUUUUGAAAGCCCACCGAAGUAUUUCGACUUAGGUUUGGAAAACUGUGUAGCUUAUAACGACCUUUCAAAAUAAUGCUGACAUCAGCAAUAUAAAUGAUUCAAGCCCCUUUAACUCGCGAAGGAAUUACUGAAUCGACUUGAAAUUUGCCAGGAAUACUUGUAGUAAGGAUAUACAAAAUAUAUAAAAUGGGCAACCAUAUAUGUUAAACGCUUAAGCUUUUAGAAAUUUUAUGACGUUACAUCACAUGUUUUCCAAAAUCCGCUUGUGUAAGCAUUUUUUCCAAAAUCUGCUUCUGUGAGCAUUUUUCCGGUCAUGUGCUUCUGGCUUCCCUGCUAACAGAGGUGUCUAUAUUUGUGCAGGAAAGCAAAGGAGAAGAGACUUCGCUUCCCUGCACAAAUAGAGACCUCUCUCAGUAGGGAAGCGUCUGGCAGGCUUCAAGCCAGGAUCUUGUGAGAGGGUGUAAUGAUAUACUGAUACAUCUACAGCAGGGGGUGGGGGUUUUGAGAAAACAUUCCUCUGGGAAACUUUUGAAGUUUGGGUCUGAGACUCUUAAACAGUAUUAGAGGUUUACAUUACUUCAUGGGAGCCCUUCUGGCUCGGUGUCCGGUAAACAAUGAUAUUUGCUAGUGAAACUAAAAAAUAUCCUGGUCAACGACUCGUGACCGUUACUUAUGUUGAGGUCUGCUGGUACACUGCAGACCUAUUUAAUUUUUUUUAAUUUAUAAAAUUUAGGCGAUGAUAAAAAUGCAAGAAAAGUCAUCGUGGUUUCAGCGUGCCGAUUGCCUCCGAAAACUGAAAUUAAUCAUGACAAACUGUUUAGGUAAAUUCCUUUCUGUCAUUUCUUUUUUAAAAAUUUGUUUACAUGCUUAAUUGUUUGUUUAUUUUGUUUAUUUGUUUACUAGUAAUUGUUAUCUUGUUUAGAUGUGUACAUGCUUUAAAUGUUUACCUAUAUUUACUUGUUUAUUUACACGGUCACACAUACUUAUUUGUUUUAAACACUUGUUUACUAAUUUACUUGCAUAGUUUAAUUGUUGAUGUUUAUUUGUUUACUUUAAUACAGUAUUUGUUCAUUAAAUUCUUUACUAACUUCUUGACUUGUUUGCUUGUCUAUUUGUUAACUUGUUUAUCAAGUUCCCUUGGUUGUUUACCUCCAUGUAUAGAUACAUGCAGUAUACAUUGGAUCAAUAUGUAGAGAAUGAUUACUCUAUUGUAUACCUCCAUCAUGGUCUAAACAGUGAAAAUAGACCUUCAAUUUCAUGGUUGGUUCACGUUUACCAUGUACUCGAUCGAAAGUAAGUUUAACAUUCAAUUUUUUAAAAAAUUUUGAUGCGUUUCUCAAACGGCAAACAAACUAAAAAGUAUGUUUAGUGCUUUAUCUGUAAAAUUAUGCUAAAAUGAAGAGAUUUUAGAUAGUUUACACAGUUAGCAACCUUUUUAAAUGUAACUGGCGGUUGAGAAAAACAAAAUAAUAGUUAAGUUAUAGUAAUAGUUAACAGUUCAUUUAUGGAAUGUAGUGUGUAGAAGUGCAUCACCUAAUAGCUUCGUGACAUUAUUUACUUUUAAGAACUUUCUUCGUCGGACUUAUUCGUUUUUACGUAAUUCAGUUUUUGACGUAGACAUGCCAUGUACCUGGUCUCUUGUUCGAGACUGUCCAUGUCACAGAAACUAAAAUAAUGUAUAGUUCUUUGAUUGAAGUAAAGUUCGUUUCGUGUACAUACCUAAGUCACAUGUUUUCAAAACCAAGUUAGUUUUAUUUUCCGUACAAAUUUUCCAAAAUCUUCAUGCAUUUUACGUAUUUCGAGAUCCUGUGGGUAUGCGCAAAUCGAGCUUUACCUCAACUAUAAUUUAUAGUGUAAUGUAAUUUUUUGUGUAAAGUUUGUAAGGGAGGUGCCUCGCAUGGGCUUUUUCUGACCCGUUUGCACCUUUCCUUUUGGGAAACACCUAUUUAUCGUUAUUGUUAGUAUUCCCAAUAAAGUUAUAAAGAAAGAAGUCAAGUAUUGUCAAUUUAACUACAGUUAUCGUUGAUGCUGUAAAAUUGACGCCAUAUUUAUACAGCGAUAUAAGCAAAACUUACUGAACUUCAGACAUCAUUUUCUCUUUGACGUACCACAAAAUAAAGCUAAAACAAAGUAAUUUUGAGAGGAACGCCAAACAGAUUUUAGGUUUCAACACUUUUCAUUGCAAAUACGUGACAUUGAAAAAAUUGCCUUUUUCUUUACACCCACUCUUUGACUUUGUCAUGCAUAUGUUGAGUUAUCCAUGUGCAUUAUUAUUGUUUUUAUAUUUAGGUACAAGAAGAAUUUGAAGGCUCUGUUUAUUGUCCAUACAACAGGAUUCGUUAAAGUUAUCUGGAGUGUCCUAAAACCGUUCAUUAGGUUGGUGCUUAAACGUUCAAAUCCUGCAAUAUACAUGUUCAGUUGUCUGAUUAUAUAUCUCACUCACAUGCGAGAAGACUGCUCCCAGCUGGACUCUCACCCAAUAAGUGAUGACUCUUACUGGACCUCUAGGGACUAGUAGGGAGAACAGUUUAGAACUGAUAGAACUAUCCAGUAUAAAUAAAGUUAGUUUAGUUUAGGUUUCCUCCUGUAGUAACACUGGAUCAAUAAGAGAUGAUCCUUACUGGACCUCUAGGAAGAACAGUUUAGAACUGAUAGAGCUAUCCAGUAUAAAUAAAGUUAGUUUAGUUUAGGUUUCCUUCUGUAGUAACACUGGAUCAAUAAGAGAUGACCUUUACUGGACCUCUAGGAAGAACGGUUUAGAACUGAUAGAGCUAUCCAGUAUAAAUAAAGUUAGUUUAGUUUAGGUUUCCUCCUGUAGUAACACUGGAUCAAUAAGAGAUUAUCCUUACUGGACCUACAGGAAGAACAGUUUAGAACUGAUAGAGCUGUUCAGUACAGUGAUAAAUAAACGUGUGAUAAACUAAUUUUCACCAAUAUCUUUACUUUGUAGUACCAAUUUUGCCAAGAAAGUUGUGUACGCCAAUCGUUUGUCAGAUCUGGAAGAACAUUUGUAUCUGGCGCAGAUUGAUAUUCCAGAACUCGUUAAAAAGUAGGUUCAUGCAAACAUACUUCCACUUACUGUAGUCUCUAAAAUUAAUGAUUCUUACUGGACCUUUAGGGCGCUUUCCAUGUGACGAAAUUCCGGAAAUCUUGCUUGAAAAUCAAAUGGAACACGUUAAUUUCUGGAAUGAUGUUUCUUUAAUUUCGAAGAGUUUGACAUUGCCGCUCAAAUCUCUCCUGCCAGCAUUCGGCGAAAUAAAUCCAGACUCGUGGCACUGAAAUGGUCGAGAACACGCCAUUUUGGUUUUGGUGGCGGUUUUUGCUCAAAAAACUUUUGGAAAGCAGCAACGUUGGUUGGGAAAUGUUUUAAUGGCAUGUAAAAAUUUCCGAAAUUCCGGAAUUUCCAAUUUGUGGACAACCUCGAGAGAUUGUCCGGAAUUUUCGAAACAGCAUUCCAGAAAUUAACGUGUUCCAUUUGAUUUUCAAGCAAGAUUUCCGGAAUUUCCGUCAAAUGGAAAGCGCCUCUAGCGAGAACAGUUUAGAAAUGAAAGAGCUAUCCAGUGUAAAUAAACUUAGUUUAUAGUUUAGGUUUCCUCCUGUAGUAACACUGGAUCAAUAAGAGAUGACUCUUACUGGACCUCUAGGAAGAACAGUUUAGAACUGAUAGAGCUAUCCAGUGUAAAUAAAGUUAGUUUAGUUUAGGUUUCCUCCUGUAGUAACAUUGGAUCAAUAAGAGAUGAUCCUUACUGGACCUCUAGAAAGAACAGUUUAGAACUGAUAGAGCUAUCCAGUAUAAAUAAAGUUAGUGUAGUUUAGGUUUCCUCCUGUAGUAACACUCGAUCAAUAAGAGAUGACUCUUACUGGACCUUCAGGAAGAACAGUUUAGAACUGAUAAAUACAAUUACUUUAUGUUUGUGUGAUGUUACUCUGAGUGUAUAUCCACACCGGGCAGGCUUGAAAAAUAUGCCUGGCCACGGCGGGAUUCGAACCUACGACCUUUGGAAUACUAGCCCAAUGCUCUUCCAACUGAGCUACGCAGUCAGGACGGUUCGAGUAAGCGAUAUUUCGGAACUGAGUCUAGUUCCUUCGAUAUCAGUGUAAUCUAAUAUUUAUGAAAUCUGCGUGUUGGUGUAAUGUACUCAGGUGAAUAAGAUGUUUGUGUGAUGUUACUCUGAGUGUAUAUCCACACCGGGCAGGCUUGAAAAAUAUGCUUGGCCACGGCGGGAUUCGAACCUACGACCUUUGGAAUACUAACCACGUAGCUCAGUUGGAAGAGCAUUGGGCUAGUAUUCCAAAGGUCGUAGGUUCGAAUCCCGCCGUGGCCAGGCAUAUUUUUCAAGCCUGCCCGGUGUGGAUAUACACUCAGAGUAACAUCACACAAACAUCUUAUUCACCCUGAGUACAUUACACCAACACGCAGAUUUCACAAUUACUUUAGUUUAAUAUCUGUUUCAUGUUCUAUAAUAUGUUCACUUCUAUAGGCAUGAUCAGGAAAUUUCAGCAAGAUACGAACCAACAUAUUCACCCGCAGUUUCUGGCACAGCUUUGGAUAUAUCUCUGCCUGAGACACAGCAAUUUGGUGUCACUUUGGAAAGGUGAGGGUUUGACUAUGAUUGGACAUUUCUGGGGAGGAUUGCACGAUUUUAGAAAAAAACUAACGUCCUUUAACUAGUGGUAUCUCUAUUUUGCACGAAAAUGAAAUGAUACCAAUGUUCCAAUAAGAAGUUCCUUAGGGCGAAAUGAUCUUGUAACAAGGUUGUUGUGAAGCCGAUAUCAGGAUGUGUUCGCACUGCUUGUUCCCAGUUGUUGUGACAAGUCUGGAACAAGUUGUUAUCACCUUGUUACAAGGUUGAUGACGGUAACAGACUUGCUACAAGUUGUUCCAACAAGACUACUAUAAUACAGGCUGUUCAUAAUAAAUUGUUACUUGUUUUACAGAAUAAAAUCACAUACAGGUGAAGAUAUUCCUUCUGCUGUACAAUGUACUGUUGAGUUUUUAAGGGAAUCAGGUAUAGCUUUGUCACUAACUUUAUUUAUCAGUUCUAAACUGUUCUCCCUAUAGAGGUCAAGUAAGGACCGUCUCUUAUAAGUUAUUAAUCUAGUGUUAUUACAGGAGGAAACCUAAACUAAACUAACUUUAUUGAUACCUGAUAGCUCUAUCAGUUUUAAACUGUUCUUCCUAGAGGUCCAGUAAGUAUCAUCUCUUAUUGAUCCAGUGUUACUACAGGAGGAAACCUAAACUAAACUAACUUUAUUUAUACUGGAUAGCUCUAUCAGUUCUAAACUGUUCUUCCUAGAGGUCCAGUAAAUAUCAUCUCUUAUUGAUCCAGUGUUACUACAGGAGGAAACCUAAACUAAACUAACUUUAUUUAUACUGGAUAGCUCUAUCAGUUCUAAACUGUUCUUCCUUAAAAGUUCAUUUGCAUUUGCUUAGGUCUUGAAGUCGAAGGGCUGUUCAGACGUUCCGCAAAUAUCACGGUGGCCAAGGCAUAUACAGCAAGUUUUAAUCGAGGUAUUUUAUUCCGCAUUCACGAGAGAAUAUUUUAAGCUAUAACUUCAUUAACACAAGCCUUAAAGUAUCGUUCGGUCACGUACGUAGAGAGGAAACCACUGGACCCUUUGUCUGACCUAAGUGAAACUGAGGUUUAUUGUUUGUCCGACCCGAGUGUAUUGGUGUCCGACCUAACUGUAACUUUGUCCAACGUCAAUCAAAAUGUACCCUAGUCCAUUGCUAGAGGCUCGUAUGUCAGAUGGAGAAUCAGAAUAAUGUAUAAAAAGUGAACUGGAAAUGUGUAAUGAAGUGCGGGGUUUUCACCGUGGGGUUCGGAAAUUCAUUGCCAAGAUUCAAAUGACUUUUCCAAAUUGUGCUGAUAUUAAUUAGUGUCUGCAUUCAUUAUACAAUUACUUUAUGGUUUCCGUGUUUGGAUGGCCUGAUCCAAACACGCGGGAAUGUUGCGAGAGUUAAGAAAAGCGAGCGAAACACGAGCCGAAGGCGAGUGAUUUUGCCCGCUUUUCUUAACUCGAGCAACAUUCCCAAGUGUUUGGAUCAGGCCAUCCAAACACGGAAACCAUAAAGUAAUUGUUUUAUAAAAUAACAACAACACGAUAGUCUUCCGUGUUUGGAUGGCCUGAUCCAAACACGGGUUUCGACCAAUCAGAAUACGCGUUAUAUACAUGUUAUUUUAUAAACGUAUUUCCAAGCCAAACUUAAAACAAGCAUUUUUAACAGAAAAGAUUCCUUUGGCUGAGCUAAGUUUACCAUAUAUUUAAGCAAACGAAUCAUUUGUGUGUACAAAAAUUAAUGACUUGUGCAAAAGUUAUAAGACUAAGACUUAUAGUAUGAUUAAAGCAUCCAGGUGCAAUUAGACUAAAUUAGCAAUCAUUGCAAUUAGGAUAACUAGCAAUUAAAGAAUUGCCAAAUAAAUCUGCCAGAUAGAUCUUGUUUAAUUUGACGGAUUUUUGUCAACAUUGCUAUGAUCUAGUAGGGUACAAACGCACGGAAUACGUCACGAUUAGCCAUUCCGAAGUUGAUAAGAGGACUGGGAACGAGUGUUAAAAGUGCCGAAAUUAAGAAAUGAACCCGAUCACUAAAAAGACCACCUCAAAAUUAGUAAGUAUACAAAGUUUGAAGACGUUUACAUGAAUUCCCUUCGAAUAAUAUGCUUUCGAAAAUCGCGAUAUUUACUAUGAAAGCUUAUUAUUCGAAGGUUAUUGAUGUAAACUUCUUUAAACUUUCUAUACUUACUAAUUUUGAGGUGGACUUUUUAGUGAUUUGGUUCAUUUCUUAAUUUGGGCACUCUUCCGCAGUCCACUCAUCAACUUCGGUGAAUGGCUAAUUAAGGUAGCCAAUAGCAUUCCCUUAUUUAUAUAGAUCAUGUACGCGUGAUAUUUGUAAAAUUUCGACUUUUUCAAAUUGAGUGGAUAAAAACUCAUUGGACAUCAUAAUACAUAUGUCCGACCCAAACUUAAAUUCGUGGAAUCUCUCACCGAUAUUUUAAGGCCGGAUUAAUAAUACCUGUUUAUAAUCAAGUAAAUCCAAGCAUGCUUGGCGUUAUCACUUAACAAAUGAACAAAUGUUGGGAACAGCUCAAACUUUACAAUAACCUUUUUAACUCUCUAGGAGAAACUGUACAAUUUGUUCAAGAAAAAGACAUUCAUGUCGCUGCUGUUUUACUGAAGAAAUUUUUACGAGAACUUCCGGAACCCUUGCUGACGUUUCAACUCUACGAUGAUGAUAUUAUGAGAAUACAUGGUAAGUAUUAGAUUGAACUGGGCUGGAGUAGAGAGCCUGUUCGCAGACUAGGCUGGAGAGGAUCUAGCCUCAUCUGCAAGGAGGGGUGCAGUUUUCCAUGGGGUGGUGCAUGAGGGAGCCUUACUGCCCACUCUCCUCUGCAGUCUGCAACGCUACUAUCCCAACAUUACCAUUAUCUGAGAUGGCCGAAUCUGCAUGUUCGCCGUUCUGUUACGUUUUACAUUAUCUUUUGUUUAUAAAGUUUAUAUCGGCUUUUUAUCACGUAUGCGUGACUGGACAGUUGCUGUAGCACAGUACAGUGAAUUUGCUUGUUAAAGUACAUGCAGUAUAUUUGAAAAUAUGGUUGUACAAAAAUCUCGACAUGUUUACGUAUUUAACCACGAUAUUCAACUAAAGCAUUCUGAAUAUUUUCUCAUGAGCUCACAAAUCGAUUAAAUCGUUUCAAGAAAUCGCCACGCGCUAACAGUAGAAGUUCCGCUAAUCGCUAUUCGAACAGCAGAAAAUGUAUGGUCAAGCAGAUUUUUUAGGGUGGUGCUGGACCUAUUUUGAAUUUUCUGUCAUAAUUUUUUGUCCGCAGCGUUACCUGACGAGGAGAAAGUGGAAGAAGUUGUGCGAGUUCUUAAGAGUGCUCUUCCACGACAGAAUUAUAUCGUGUUGAAAUAUCUCAUGGAGUUUUUGGUUCAGGUCAGUUGUAGAUUUUUUAUUCUUGUGGAAGUUCUUUACUGGACCUCUAGGAAGAACAGUUUAGAACUGAUAGAGCUAUCCAGUAUAAAUAAAGUUAGUUUAGUUUAGGUUUCCUCCUGUAGUAACACUGGAUCAUUAAGAGAUUAUCCUUACUGGACCUCUAGGGAGAACAGUUUAGAACUGAUAGAACUAUCCAGUAUAAGAGUUAGUUUAGUUUAGGUUCCCUCCUAAUGAAUUUACGACAAUAUAAACUUUCCUUGUGUCCUCAGGUGACGAACAACGCGCACUUGAACAAGAUGAAUGCCUCAAAUUUGGCGAUUGUUUUCGGGCCUAAUCUCAUUUGGACUGAAUCAGCCGUGGCCUCACUCAGUUCAACGGGCGCAAUUAACUCAAUAGUCAAAAUAAUCAUAGAAAAUGUGCCUUCUAUUUUUGGCUAAUGUAAUAUACGAUGUAUGUUGAUAUUAAGCUGUUGCAUUAUUGCAAUGUAAUUUAUAUUAUGUUCCUAUGCAUGCAGUUAUAGAUUGGCUAUGAGCCUAUACCUCAAAUGUAUAUUGACAUUUAUGGCUGUACGGAAAUGUUGCCAAAUGUUUCACAGAGGUGGACAAGCGCCCGAACAUUUCUGUAAACGAUUACAAUAUAUAGGGAGCUGUCUUUUUAUCUUAUAUAGAUUAUGUUCUUUAAGAUGUGUUCUCGUAUGAAGCAGUAUGUCUUUAAUUAAAGGACAUUGGCAAUAAAAAAUUAGUUUAGUUCAUUUGAAAGAACUCUUAAAACUAUAUAUUAAACUCUAUUACAGAUUUUUUAUAUCUUGCUUAGUUUUCAAAAUAUUUCGACUGAAAAAGUGACUGUUCGCCAUCUUCGAUUAUUGAGGAUAUGCAUGUUACGUCAAGAGAGGGGUCACGCUAAUUUUUUGCCUUGAGAGUAAGCGAUCAAUAUAUGGGUCCAAAACUUCUGUCUGAAAUUUAGAAAUGAUUAAAAACAUUUCAAACAAUUUUGGAUUGUAUAACUCGGUCAUUUUAGAGUAGUUUUUAUUGUUAACCCAACUGCUGACAUCAUCAAAACCAUAGUUACUGAGGUCAAGAAUUAGUCCAAGAUGGCGAACAGCUCAUUAAUUUCGGUCUAAAUAUUUCGAGAACUAAGCAAGAUAUGACAAAUCUGUAAUUUUUUAUUGCCAAUGUCCUUUGAGAGGCCUACAAGAUAUAAUUCCCGAAGUAAUCAUAAUAGUUACAAUCUUACAGGAUUAAAAUGAAUAUUGCCGUAUUUAUACAGCAAUAUAAGCAAAACAUACUGAACUUCAGACAUCAUUUUCUCUUUGGCGUAAUAAUUUAUUCAAAUGCCUGACCUAAUUUACAGGUAUUGCUAGAAUAUUCUAUAUAUAAAUAUAUAUAUAUAUAAUUACAUACAGUACAAGGUAUUGAAGAAACGAACAUAUAUAAAGUGAAAGUGUCAUUAUAGUGAUUUACACAUCUAUUUUAUGGAUAAUAUAGA